GGGUUCCCCAUUGUUUCGGGGUUCCCAUUUCGAUUUUUGACCGCCACACCCAAACGGGACGCAGCAUCGAGUCGAAGCCAUGGCGCUGCCUGCCCUGCUGGCGGGCUUGGACGCUGGGGAGAUGGACCAGGCUUUGGAGGCAUUGGAGGCGCGAUCGAGGCUGCUUGCUUGGAAGAAGCUUCCGGAGAAGCUUGUGCUGCUGCGCCAUGGGCAGAGCGAGGGCAAUGUGGACCACAUGCUCUACACCUUCAAAGGGGACAGCCGGAUAGAGCUCACCAAGGAAGGCAUCAGCCAGGCCAAAGUCGCCGGCCAGCGGUUGGCCCAGAUCACCCCGCCGGAUGCCAACGUCAUCGUGUGCAUCUCGCCCUUCGAAAGGACCACGCAGACGCUCUUGGCGUUGUACAGCGGUGGCUUUGACCAGUCCUUGGUCUCCAAAGUGCACGUGGACCCACAGAUCCGGGAGCAGGAGUUUGGCAACUUCCAAGACCCCGGGCUUACGCAGAAGGUCAGAGCAGAGGAGGGCAGAGUUGGGCGCUUCUACUACAGGCGGCCAAAUGCCGAGAGCUCUGCGGAUGUUUUUGACCGGGUGACACAGUUCUUCGACAAGCUCUUUGGCCCCAUUGGGGAUGACGGAGGCAUCGGAAUACUUACCCGUGCCAAAUCGAAAUACGAUAUGUGCCUCAUAGUGACCCACGGCCUGACCAUCAGGCUUAUGCUCAUGUGCCUGUUCCAAUGGUCGGUGGAGACCUUCGGAACUGUUUGGAAUCUGGGAAACUGUGAGCAUGUGUGCCUCAAGAAGAACAUGGAGACGUUCACUUACGAGAUUUGUCCAGAGGAAUCCUUCCCCCAGCGCGUGCCCUGGGCUUCCCGCGAGAUCUUCUUGGUGCUGAGGGAGAACUUGGCACCCCAGGACUUGAUCGAGCGCCUGGAAAGACUCAUGGACACGCGGCGGCACCUGGCAGAUGGCUCAGCUGGAUGCAGGGAGGAGCUGGCAAAGCUCGAUAAGAUCAUUGACGGUUUGGAGAAUCAAAUGCUUCGUGCGCGAUCCUUGCCGUACACAGUGAUCAACUACUUGGAAAUCUCCCAGCCUCGGACCAUGCAAACUAUUGAGGUUCUUGGGCACCUCGUUCCUGGACACGGGCACCAAAAGAAGACCCCAGAGGAGCUGGAAGCGAUGCGUGACGCUCCAGAACGGCAACAAGUGGAGUUCAUCGACUGGUGGGGGGACCAGCUCAGCUACCAGGGCAAGAUGCUACGGACCAACCGAAUCACUCGGGGCGUCUCUGGCAGACUGACGGAGAAGGUAGAGUUAGAUCUGGGAGAGGCUGCAUAGGGGGACAUAGGGCAGUGCUGCAGUGCAGUACGGCAGUGCACUGAAUGCAGCACAGUGCCUUGUCCGCAGUUGACCC